UCUUCGGCCGCCCGCGAUCUCCGCAGCCCGAGGCACUGCAGAACCGAGAUUUCGGAUCCACAGGCCCGCAGCCUGAGGUCUCGGAGCUGAGUUCCCGCGGGCCGGGGUCUCCGCGCUCCGAGGUCUCCAAAGUCCCGCGGGCCGGGGUCUCCAAAGUUCCGCCGCCCGAGGUCUCCGAAGUCCCGCCGCCCGAGGUCCCCGCCCCCGCCAUGCCGCUGAGUGCUGGCCUGCUCUUGCUGCUGCUCAGUGGCCUGCAUGCUGACAGCGAGGUGAAAGUCGUGAACGCGAUGGUGGGCAGCGACGUGGAGCUCAGCUGUGUCUUCCCGCACAGAAGCCAUUUUGACUUGAAUGAGUUGUAUGUCUAUUGGCAAAUCAGUGGCUCAGACACCGUGGUGACCUACUACCUCUCGGACAACAAGUCCGAGGGCCACGAGGACCCUCGAUAUAAGGACAGGGCCCACCUGUUGUUGGACCGCAUGAAACAGGGUGACUUUUCUCUACAUCUGCAGAACGUCACCCCCCAGGAUGCGCAGCAGUUCAAGUGCCUGGUGAUUAAAGAGCCCUGGAAGCCGGGAAAGCUUUUGGAAAAGGUGGUCAGACUGAAUGUGGCAGCAAACUUCAGCGUGCCUGUCGUCAGCACCUCCAGCAACACCUCCCAGGACCAGGAGCUCACCUUCACCUGCAUGUCCACCGAUGGCUACCCGAGGCCCAACGUGUACUGGAUCAACAGGACGGACAACAGCUUGCUGCAUGAAGCUCUGCAGAACAACACGGUCUUCUUGAACCAGCGGGGGCUGUACGAUGUGGUCAGCAUCCUGACGAUCCCACGGACCCCCCACGUGGAUGUCGGCUGCUGCAUAGAGAACGUGCUUCUGCACCAGAACCUCACUAGCAGCAGCCAGGCAGAAUCUUUCACUGGAAACAAAGGCAGGUUCACAAAGAGCCCGGACAGUCCCCGCGAGGAGGAGAAUGCGGCCCUUUACAGCCUCCCGUCACUGCUGUCAGCGGCGGCGGUGAUCGUUGCCGUCGCUGUCGCCUGGGGGUGCAGAAGCCGCCGCCGAGCCCGGCGUGGCUAUAAAGGUGCCCAGGCCGCAGUGCCGGAACGUGAGCUCACGGACCAUGCCUGAAUGGACUCCGUCCAGGACAUGGACAGGGCUUCUGUGAAAUGCCACCCGGCAGACACAGCUUGAGGAUGGACUGGGACAGCCCUGACAGCGAAGAAGACAGCCAGCCAUCUGCCCUGUGUGUGCUGUCUUCAAAGACAGGAGCCUCAGCCUGGAAGGGCUCAGGGGACUGAUCCCAGAAAUUUGCAGGGCAGCACGGCGCCGAUCCAAACAAGGCCUUUCCAUUGGGGUAGCAGCACCAGAACUCAGUGUCCCGACGGAGUGGCUCCCAUCCUGGCCCGCACUGACAGGAGGGGCUGUGAUGGCCCCGAGCCAGCGGGAGCCCCAGAGCACCUGCGAUCUACCCCUGACUCUUCUCAGUACCCCAGGCCUGUACAGAGAGCACGGCCCUUUCUUGGAGACUCUGGUUGAGACUGAAGGAGAGGCAUCUGGCUUAAAAAGAAGCGUGAGCUUGCCCACUGGUGUCCAUGAUGAGUCGGCUGGGUAGAGCCUCCGAGGGUAUUUCUGGAAGACGAAGUGGGCACAGGGCUUGCUGGGUGCCACUCUGCUCUGGGAGCUUUCAGGUGUGCACACUGUGUGAAUACAGAAAACAGCCCACACUGGAAGCACCUGGAAUAUUCUCUGGGCGUCGCUUCCUUCCAGGAUCUACAGUGGGAAAAAAAACCCCGACCUCGCUUGUUUUGGUCCAAAGCCAGGGCUAAAGGACAUCUGGGCUCAGGGACCACCGGGGCCCUUGGCCUUGUCGUGUGAACGGUACAUGCCCUGGAGAGCAAAGCAUGGCUUCUGUGCCACCAAUGUGAACGUCACCAUGGUCAUCUGAAGCCCUCAAGUCCCUCCUGCCAGCAGCUAGCUCUUUCAGACCACAAAAGUAACACCACGAAGCUAGGGGAGGGCGGCUCUGCUGGCCCCUGUGUGGUCUCAGCAGCCUGUCUCCCUUCCUCUGAUAGUCCCCAAGGUCACCAUGAGCACCUUGACUUGAGCCAGUCCAUAGGAGCCACCAUGCCCGCUAGGGCUGUCAUGAGGUGACCAUGUGGCUGUGGCUCUAGUCUCCCAGGUCUCUGUGUUGCUGCCCAGAAUGGAUCUAGCAAUUUACUUUCCAGGGGGUUCUGGAAAGUUGGCUACUAGGUAACCCAAGUGUGUGUACACACCCCAGGAAGACGUGGGCAGCUUGACCUCUGCUCUGGGACAAAGUAUCUGACCCUGACUGUGGCCCAGCGCCCGACCUCUGUCCACCCAGAGGCCCAGGUGCCGCAGUCAGUGAAGGGCCGCCCCUGGCCCCGUCAUCAGCCGGCGCUGGAUGCUGCAGGCGGGAAUUCCCAGUGGUCAGGCUUUGCAACCAGCACUGAGAAUCGGCCAGUUUUUCUGCCCAUGGAGCCGUCACGUAGGCACCCAACCUUUCCCCAGAAAGCAUUAGAGAUGUGUACGGUCUGUAAACUGUUGUCAUGGGUCUUGAAUUGGAGGCUGCAGCAGAGGAGCCCACUGGCUAUGAGGAGCGGAGGCGAGGUGCCUGUGUGCGGUGCCCGAAGCGACUCCAGGACAGAUCGUCAGGCAGUACAGGUUUCCCCGAGCCUUCGGGCCCCUAAGCGGCUCUGGAGAGGCCACAGGACCUCAGGUAGGACUGUGACAGCCAGGAGACAAUCUGCUCCCAUCUUUCUGUCAGAAGCUUCAACCUGGCCACCCCAGGGCACGAGACAUGCUGUCCCCACCAUUUAUAUGGGUGCGGCAAACCCUUGCCACUUUGCCUCUGUGGGUUCUGCCUGGAUCCUGGGCUCUUGGCAGCCUGGGUCCCCGUCAUGGUCCCCUGCUGGUCCCAGCAGGCCCCACAGCAACCUGCCCGCCUUUCUGCACCAGCGGCACCCAAGUGUCCCUGGGAGCCCGAGGAGACCCCACACACGUCAGCAUUCAUGAGACUUGUCCUUCAACCCCUUGCUGCGCCUCCAGCCCCAAUACUAGCUCAUUCUUUGGGCUGUGAACAGGCCGGAUUCCAGUGUUCUCAUGAGGUUUCCAGAAACCUGACAAGGGAAUACAAGGUGUACACCAAGA